AUGAGGCGGGGCAAACCCAAGGCCGUCUCAGGUGGAGCAGGUGAGGCGGGACCUGGUGGGAUGGCAGAACGCUUCCUGGCUCCAGCUUAUCCCUCGGGCCGGCCUGGCCGACUCCAACGCCAUCUCCUGAGCGGCGAGUUCGACCAGCUGCGGGACUUCCCCAUCUUUGAAAGCAACUUCGUGCAGGUGACCCGAUUAGGAGAAGUAGCCAACAAGAUCACCAUGGGAGUUGCAGCCUCCAGUCCCGCCCUGGAACUCCCAGACCUGUUGCUGCUAGCUGGCCCCACCAAGGAGAACGGAUGUCUACAACUCUUUGGGCUAUUCCCCUUGCAGUUUGUCCAGCUUUUCGUCCAUGACGAGUGCCGGUGGCAGCUCAAAGUGAAGUUUCGUACAGGCCGAGCUUUCUACCUGCAGCUGCGGGCCCCGCCCGAGACCCGGGACCGCGAGUUCGGCCAGUGGGUGCGGCUGCUCUACCGCCUGCGCUUCCACUCCGCCCAGGGAGCCGUGCCCUUCACACAGGAGGAGGACCCGGCGCUAGAGGAGGACGACGAGGAGGAGGAGGAGGAGGAGGAGGAAGAGAUUCCAGCUGUGGAGGCCAGACUUGACCCACAGACCUCAGAACUCUGGGGACUCUAA